UCAAGGAGGAUGCCACAGUCCAGCACCGGAUGUCAUCUAUGCGUAUACACCUCCUCAGGAUGUGGUAGUCGAACUGGGCCUCUGCAGUUCUGCCACCAUGUUUGAUACCACUUUGUCUGUCGUGGAAAUUAUAGAAGAUCAAAUAGAGGAACUGGCCUGCAGCGAUGAUGAGUGCAACUCGCAGAGCAUGAUCACUGAUCUACGACUGAAAUCAGGGCGAACCUACUACAUUGUCAUUGAUGGGUAUGAUGGAGCGAAGGGACAAUAUGGGCUGCGAAUCACAGGGUCUUGGCCUGAGUCAGCUUAAGAAGAGCACUGUGAUGUCUGCCCAGAGGAUGACAGUACUGGUCCUGAAGUGAACAUAGAAGUCUUGUCUAUGGCAUUUAUGGGUGGAAUACUACAACUGCAGCCUGCUCCCCAGAACCACAUGCCAGACAUGAACUCAAAUAUCCGCGCGUACAUCCUGUAUCUGCCAGAACAUUUCAGCACUAUGACCUUUGCAGACAAUUCAUGGUCCUUAUGGGACAAUGGAGGUAGGGUGCACACGUGGCGAACGGUGUUGUGUCUGGACAUCCAUUCUUUUGCAAUACAACCCAACAGCUCCUGCCUUGAAUCAGCUGGCCAACAGCCAACGUCAAGUCAAUCAUGCAAUGCCAGAGAAUGCCCCCAAUACGAGCUAUAUGCUGGACCGUGGGAGGAGUGCAACACGACCUGUGGUGAUGGGUUGCGGAAUAGGAAUGUGCACUGUAGGGACAAUCAUGGGAACACGGCAUCCAUGGCACGUUGUCUAACACAAGGUGGCACUUCCAUGUCUUCCAGUGGUGACCUCAUUGGCAAGAGGGUGCAUAAUUACACUCAUAUCAUGGGAAUGAUUAUGAUUGCAUCUACGGAGGAAUGCAAUGCUGCUCCUUGCAAGGACUUCUUCUGGGAAGUGUCGAAGUGGAAGCGCUGCUCUGUACCAUGCGGUGGAGGGGUUACAACAAGGGAUGUGAAAUGCAUGGAACUGAAGGAAAGCGGCCAAACGAUUGUUGCCGAAGAGGAUGCAUGUUUGGCAGUUGGGCCGAAACCUGCAAGUGAACUGGAGUGCAAUACACAACCUUGCAUCGCCUUCGCAUGGAAAACUGGGCCAUGGGAGCCAUGUUUGCCAGGCUGUACGCCGAACUCGACACAGGAAAGAGAGGUUGUAUGCGUUGACACACUUGGAGAUCAUCAGGUCCCGAACAUGUGCUCGGAGCUGGUUAAGCCUUCUGAGAGAAUGCCAUGCUGUUUGGUUACCUUCCUGCGUUUCCCUCCCACCCAGCCCUUUGCCUGCGUUCCCGGUUUGGUAAAUGCCACAUUAGCAGCAGUGCCACGUCAGCAGUGCCACGCCAGCAGCAGUGUUGUGACAGCAGUGCCAUGUCAGCAGCAGUGCCAUGUCAGCAGCAGUGCCACAUCAGCAGUGCCAUGUCAGCAGUGCCACGUCGGCAGCAGUGCUACGACAGCAGUGCCACAUCAGCAGUGCCCUGCCACCAUGACGGUCUCAGUUUUGGGCAUGCCAGGCCAACUGGCCAGCGAGUCCAUUGCCGAGUUCCGACAGCGAAUCCAAGAUCAGCUCGCGCAGAUCGAGGCUGAGGAACAGCGCCAGGCGGCAGCCGAGGCUGCCCUCCUACAGGCUGAAGCGGAGGCAGUGGCUGAAAAGCAGCCCCUUCAGGCCGCAGCUGACGCAGAUGCCCAGGCCCGCUGCAGGCAGGCCCAAGAUCUGCUGCAGCGGCACGAAGCCACCAGCGUCGACAGGCUCAAGUUCUGGCACUUUGAACCAUCCGAGGGCCACGAUGACACGACACCAGAAGACCAGCACAAGGAGUUUCUUUCCAAACUCGUGACCCGGUUGGUUUACACUUGUAACCACCUGCAGUCCGAGUUAGAGAAACAGCACCAGGAACUGGAGAAGCUCCGACAGGCGGUGCAGAUCCACAAGGACCUGCACGAGGAUGCCACACGGGCACUUAAUACCCGUAUACAGGACUUGGAGCAACCAGCACCAAGACCAGAUGCUGGCGAACCCAAUAAUGCAGCCUCAACCCGCCAGUUGGAGCAACGACUCGACCGUGUACUAGCGAUGCUCGGCGACAUCAGCGCCUUCGCUGCACCAGCCUCCAUCAGCGAGCAGCUCGACACCUUGAAGAAUGAGGUUCGACAACUGCACCAGCCGCCCGACAAUGAUGGCAGCACCAGUGCAUCGCGGCAGUACAAGAUGUUGAUGUUCCGGAUUGAGAAGUUUGAUGACUGUCCCCGAUCACUUGUACAUCUUGGCGUUGUUCCCAACGCCAAGGGCGGAUGCCAGAUCUGGCUCAGCCACAUGGCAACCAUCCACGGCGUCCAAGUCGCCGACCUGCACAAAAAGAUCUCUUGGGAAGAUCUGACGAAGGAAUGGAAGAAGCCGUUCAUUGUUGACGACGCCUCGGCGCUCGAAUGGCAAAAGAUCGUGGCAACACCCGAUCUUGACUUGCCAUUUUUGCAUUUGCGCCGGGAGUUCUACAACCGGUCGUGUGCCGCCUUGAGCCUCGCAGUCGGUGAUCGCGAACAAGACACGACCUUCGCGGAAAUCAUUGACAAGGCUCGUGAGAUCAUCAAGACCAACUGGGCUGCUGCACACGAGAAAUCAGCGUGGCAGCCCGCCUGUGGAAAAGGGAAGGCGAAAACAGCAUCGCCGACCGGAAAUGGACAGCCAGUACCAUGUUUCAAAUUCAGCUUGACCGAGGCCGAAUACAAAUACGGCAACCGAUACGGCUGCUGCUAUUGGUGCAACAGCACCAAGCACAAGACCUCCCGAUGCCAAGACCAAGGCAAGGAGGAUGUUCGACCUCGAAUCAGCUCGGGAAACAUGGCUGCGCGGAAGUCGGAGUUUGGACGAGCAUGUGGAGCACCUGCGCACCGUGUUGGAGCGGCUACGACAAACCAAGUACAAAGCCAACCGCGACAAAUUGGUCGGAAACGCCGUAUCUUCGCUGCUCUUCUCCUCCUACGAACUGCCGAUAUAGACGCCGCUUGCUCUCCCACCCUCGUCUGGAAGUACAGGGAAUUGCUGACUCAAGCCCGUGCGAACAUGCACAAGGCUCAAGUCCGCAUGCAGCAGCAAGCCAACAGGCGUCGCGUGCCAUGUCCCAUCCACGCCGGCGAUCUUGUUUGGGUCUCCGCGGAGGAGUUUGCGCUCGAACAGGAUGUUUCAUGCAAACUACUCCCCAAGUGGUUUGGACCAUGGACCGUCCUUUCAGCCGCAGGCGACAAGCCCUACGACCCAUCCUUUGUGAUUGACAUCCCUCCGCAUCUGCCGGUCCAUCCAGUCUUUCACGCCUCGAAGCUGGCGACAUACACACCAGCCAAGGACAAUGACUUCCCGGACCGACCAUCACAGGACCCUCCAUCCAUGGAUGGUCAUCAGGAGAUCGAUCGCGUCGUCACGCACCGCAAGUACGGCACCAAGCGGAUGCAAUACAAGGUCUCAUUCAAAUGGUGCAACCGCGACGACACAAGGUGGAUUUCACAAGCAGAUUUGCAGGCAUCUGCACGGCUGAUCUAUGCCGACUACGAGCGACAAAGACUAGCCAAGGAAGCUUCACAACCUGCCCCUCCCACCCGGACUUUGGUCCCUCCCUCCGACAGGCAGCUUCGCCCUCGCAGAUUGAAGCUGGAAGGGGAUUGGGAAGGCGAUGUAGUCAGGACGUGCUUGGGCCGAAAGGGUCAGAGGGGGGUGGAUAUGGAGUCGAUUUGGGAUGAUAUGAUUGGGGUUUCAAUUGCAGCUUCUGCGAAAGCAACACUUGCUCAGGCCAUGGUGAAUGCAGAAAUGACAGUUGCCACUGCAGUGAUGGCUGGAAAGGAGAGCUCUGUGAAGUUCCUCCACAUUGUGAAGGGAGGAUGGACCAUGAAGGGAUGUGCUGCCUAUCUGGAGUUGUUGAUAUCCAUGGGGCUUGCUGCAAGGGCAAGAAUGCAACACUGGACAAGGAUGGAAGGUCAAGGAACAGCAAGAGGCUGCCACAGCCGAGCAGAGGAAGCUGCAGCACAAACCCGGCGUCAAGCCGAGGCAGACCGCUUGGCGAUCGAUCAGCUCAACGCCGGCAGCGCUGAUCUUGUAAGUGCUAACCAAGCACAAUGGACAGCGGUGCUCAACGGGAUGUGUUAUGUCCCGGCACCCGGCAGCGAGCCGACAACAGUACGGCAAGAGAGGCACGACCUGGCAGAUAUUCUACUUCAUACAAUGCGCGCCGUCAUUUGGAACAGCUCCAUGGGGGAGCUGCAUUCCCGGUCCACACUGCAGCUGCAGCACGAUCUGAGCCACAAUGUGAAGAUACUUGCAGCAGCUGUCAAGGUCUCAGACAACCAGUUGAAACAGCUGGAUGCACGCAUUGCUACCUUGGAGGCAAGGCCUCCCCAAGCAGUGCCAGGCUGCACGCCAGAUAUGACAGACACAACGAAGCAGCUCAAUGGGCGCAUCGAUCAUGUCGUCAAUCUCAUCGGCGACAUAGGUGCUUUCAAUGGGCCGGACACGAUCAGUAGCACGGUGGCCGCCAUCAAGACGGACAUCAUCAAGCUGCAGACGAAACCGGACGCCACUACGAAGAACUACAAGAUGCCGCACUUCGACAUCAGCAAGUUCGACGACCACAACAAGACGGACGCUUUGGCAUGGUCGCAACGUUUCCUCACGGAAGCAUCAUGCCGCACUGUCCCGGAUGACUAUCUGAUGAAGGCGUUAUACUUACAGCUGAUUGGAGGAGCGCAGGCAUGGAUGAACCAUCUGGCGGCUAACCACACAUGCACCAUCGCCGAACUUCACACGCACAUUACGUGGAAGGAUUUCGAGAAGCUAUGGUUCACCCGGUUCAUGGUCCGCAACGUCGUGAAGGCGGCCAUGAACGAGGUGUACACCUGCUCUCAAGGAAGUAUGCCAACUCGAGACUGGACAACCAAGUGGCAGAAGAUAGUGACCACGCCAGACUUCGAUUUGACUUUUCCUAAUCAACGAUCCGAGUUCUUCUCGCGAUCGUGCGCAGGAUUGCGGUCAGCACUCGGUAACGAGUACGACUAUACCUCGUUCCAGGCUAUCCUGGAUCGCGCAAACCUGGUCAUCCAAACGGACGACAAGGCCGCUAACGAGAAACAAUCCCAGCCGCAUUAUGUGGCUAAGCAUGGCUAUCAACGUCCGACACAUAACAAUGUCGUGAUUUCUGAAGAAACAGACGAUCUCCACGCUGCAGCAGCAUCCUCGAGUGAUGGAGGAAUUGUAGCAGCGCUCCCGCCGAAGCAUCCCAAGAGAGUUCGGAAGAACAAGGCGACACAAGAGUCGACAUCGACGGGAAUUGGAUGCAGCCAUGGACGGCUUACAAGAUAACCAAGGAUGUCUAUGACCUUCGUCAAAAGUACGGAUACUGCCUUUGGUGCAACGGCGUCAGUCAUUUGACCGCACAAUGCCCCGAAAAG